AUGGCCCCCCUCACCCCCCACUGGCAGCAGCCCUCCCACCCCGACGUUCAGGAAGUCGUCAUCAACGAUCAAGAGUUCACCACCAAGAGCUACUCCAAAGUCACGCUCCCACCGUUUGCCGUCUUUGCCAAGCUCACCUUCCCGCCUUGUACUGUUGCCGACGAGCCCACCUACGCGACCGUGCAGAUGGGCCGGCAUAGCCACUUGAAUCUGAAUAGUGAUUUGCUGUAUAUCAAUCACUCUUGUGAACCGUCUCUUAUUUUUGACACUGGGAAUAUGGACGUUCUCGUUGGCCCAAACGGCCUCAAGCCCGGCGAUGAACUCACUUUCUUUUACCCCUCAACAGAAUGGGACUUGGCCCAGCCGUUCACCUGUCUCUGUGGUCAUCCAACUUGCCACGGCACCAUCUCUGGCGCAAAGCACAUGACGCCGCAACAGCUCCAUGGCGUGUGGCUUAACGGCCAUAUCCGUGACCUCCUCGAGGAAAAACACUGCUCUGCACCCAGUGAUCUUGAGUCCGAUACGGAUCCCAUAGCUCGGGCGUUGACCGAAGUUCUCCUGCAGGCUGAAAAGGGCGUCCAAGCAGCGCGGCGUGCCAUACGUGUCCACGCAGGUGCUUCGCAAAAGAGAGGCGUGGCGGCUGUGAAUAGCACCAAGAAGAAUGGCGUCGUGGCCCAAGUUGAUAUUGACAUGGAAGAGGGCUUGAAUAGACGCGGUCUCACGUCGAGGGAAUUGAGUGGCGAGAUGGGUGGUGAUACCGUUCGUGCGUAA